AAAAAAAAAAACAAAUUAAGCCAAACAAUGUCUUCUAGUGCUUCUACUUCAGAAAGUGACUCUGAUGACAAUCGUCGUGUUGUAAAAUCAAAGUCACGUUCAAAGACAACACAAUUAUUAAAAAAACGUAGACGCAUAUCUGAUGACAAAGCUGAAGAAGCAUCAAGUGAUGAAACAAAUUCACAAGACAGUGAAGAAGGAUCAAGUGAUGAAAGAAAUUUACACGACAGUGAAGAAGAAGAAGACAAUGAUGAUCGUCCAUCUCAUCAAAUACGUAAAAAGAAAAAAAAAAGUCGUGUACAGGGAUUUAUUAAUGAUGAAGCUGAGGUAGAUGAUGACAUUGAUGAUGAUGAAGAAGAAUGGGAAGAAGGUGCUUAUGAACAUGCAGUUAAUGAAACUGAUGAAGCUGGACCAACAGCUAGAGAUAUUGAGGGACGUAGAAGAAUGGAUAGUCUUUUAGAAAGUUAUGAUUCUGAAAAUAUUGAAGAAUAUUUUCAAAAAAAAUAUGCUGAUCAACGAGAAUUACAAAAUCGUUUUGGUCAUGGUUCUUGUAUGUCUGAUGAAAUAAAUCAAACAUCACUUUUACCAGCAAUAACUGAUCCUAAACUUUGGUCAGUUAAAUGUCGUAUUGGUGAAGAAAAAAAAACAGCAUUACUUUUAAUGCGUAAAUUUUUAACAUAUGCAAAUACUGAUAAACCACUACAAAUAAAAUCAGUAGUUGUUCCAGAAUCAGCAAAAGGAUAUGUUUAUAUUGAGUCAUAUAAACAACCACAUGUUAAAGCUGCAAUUGAAGGUGUUUCUGCCUUAAAUCAAUACAAACAAGAGAUGGUACCAAUAAAAGAAAUGACUGAUAUUAUGAAAGUAUUGAAGCUUAAUGUUACUCUCAAACGUAAUCAAUGGGUCAGAAUAAAACGUGGAAUUUAUAAAGAUGACAUUGCACAAGUUUAUCAUGUUGCUGAGUCUCAAAAUAAAGUUGAAUUAAAAUUAUUACCAAAGAUUGAUUACACGAGAAUGCGUGGUGCAUUAAAAACUGUAGCUCAAAAUAAUCCUGAUGCACCAAAAAAAAAACCAAAACGUCCAACAACAGCAAAGCUUUUUGAUCCAGAGGCAGUACGUGCAAUUGGUGGUGAAGUUGUUAAAAAUCAUGAUUUUUAUGUAUUUGAAGGAAAUAAAUAUACCGAGAAAGGAUUUUUAAUAAAAAGUUUUCCAUUAAAUGCCAUUAAUUCUGAUGGUGUACAGCCAACAUUAUCAGAAUUAGAAAAAUUUGAAUUAUCACCAGAAACAAUUGCACUUGAACUUGGUGAUCCUGGUACUGGUACAGCAACAAAAUCAAAUAAUUGUUUUAGUACUGGUGAUAAUGUUGAAGUAUGUGAUGGUGAAUUAUUAAAUCUUCGUGGUAAAAUAACAGCAGUUGAUGGUGAUACAAUAACAAUAAUGCCAAAUCAUGAAGAUUUAAAAGAACCAAUUGAAUUUCAUUCAAAUGAAUUACGUAAAUAUUUUGAACAAGGUAAUCAUGUUAAAGUUCAAUGUGGCAAAUAUGAAGGAAAUACUGGACUUGUUGUUAGAGUCGAAGAUAAUCGUGUUGUCGUAUUAUCAGAUAUAUCAAUACAUGAAAUAGAAGUAUUACCUCAAAAUUUACAACUAUGUGGUAAUGUUGCAUCUGGUGUUGAUAGUCAUGGACAAUAUCAAAUUAAUGAUCUUGUACAAAUUGAUGCACAAACAGUUGGUGUUAUUGUACGUUUAGAACGUGAUUGUUAUCAUAUACUUUCAAUGUAUGAAAAAAUUAUAAAAGCAAAACCUGGAAGUAUAUCUAAAAAACAUUCUUAUCGUAAAACUGCACUUGAUUGUCAACAAAAUUCAAUUCAAGUUAAAGAUAUUGUUAAAGUUAUUGAUGGACCACAUUCAGGUGAAAAAGGUGAAAUUAAACAUUUAUUUCAAAGUUUUGUAUUUUUAUAUUCAAGAACAUACGUACAAAAUGGUGGAAUAUUUAUUUGUAAAACAAGACAUUUACAAUUGGAUGGUGGUAUGAAAAUUACACCAUCAUAUAAAUUAUCAACUGGUUAUAUGUCACCAAGAAUAUCAUCACCAUCACCUGCUGGUAAUUAUAGACGUGGUGGUGGUGGACGUGGUAGUGGACGUGGUGGUAUGCCAGGAAGAGAUCGCACUGUAAUAGGCCAAACAGUAAAAAUAACUGGUGGACCAUACAAAGGUCAUAUUGGUUUUGUUAAAGAUGCAACAGAUAGUCUUGCAAAAGUUGAAUUACACUCAAAAUGUCAAACAAUAUCUGUUGAUCGUUCACAUAUUGCAAUAGUUGGACAACCAUCAAAUCAAAAAAGUACAAAUAAUUUCUAUUCAAAAAAUAAUACACAAACAUCAAUUGGUGAUGGUAGCCAAACACCUCUUCAUGGUGCAUAUGGAUCUAAAACACCAAUGUAUGGUUCACAAACUCCAAUGUAUGAUGUUGGUUCAAGAACACCUCAUUAUGGUUCAAUGACACCAAAUCAUGAUGGUUCAAGAACACCUGGUCAAUCUGGUGCUUGGGAUCCAACAGUUGCUAAUACACCAGCUAGAAAUAGUGAUUUUGAUAAUGAAGAAGAUUGGAGUGUAUCAUCAGUUGAUGUUGGUGGUAGUGCAUCUGCUAUAUGUGAAAAUAGAUCAUAUACACCAGAAACAUCAAGUAUGUAUGGUUCAGAAGCAGAUUAUUCACCGUAUGAACCAUCAGCAAGUCCAGCACCUUCUGUUAUUAUGAUUGAAAAUAAUUCAAACUGUUCAGGACCAAGUUCUUUGUCAUCUAGUUUUACUGCUGAAAGUCCAACUUAUAGUUAUGGAAUGCCAUCACCAAUUGGUGCAUGUAGUCCAAUGACAUCAGCAUCAGCUCAUCAACGUUCAGCUGGUAUGGCUGAAUGGCUUACUGAUGGUAUUGUUGUUAAAGUCAACAGUAAAUAUCCUUCAUUGACUGGUCAACAUGGUGUUAUUCGUGGCAUAUCGGGUAUAAUGUGUGCAGUAUUUCUUGUUGCUGAGGAAAGAGUUGUUAAUUUGGGAUAUGAUGAGUUGGAGCCAGUUGAACCUAAAUCCAAUGAUCGAGUUAAAGUAAUUAUUGGACCAGAUCGAGAAAGUAUUGGAUCAAUUAUGACAAUUGAAAAUAAUGAUGCUGUUGUUAAAUUUCAAGCUGGUGCUUUGAAAUUGUUGCCUCUUAAAAAUCUUGGCAAAUUGAUGGACUAGAUAAUAAUUUAAACGAGUUUUUUUUUUUCAUUGACAACUCACCAAAGUUAAUGUGAGUUGUUUAUUAUUAUUAUUAUUACUAUUAUGUUUUUUUUUUUUUUUUUUAUUUCGUAUCUUUAUACUUUCGUUAGUUUAAACAUAUGAAAUACAUAAACGUUGCUUAAUAAUAAACAUUCUUUAUUUUAAAAAAAUGUUAUUAAGUAUUUCUUGCUAAUAAAUAAACAAAUAAUUUAAUAAA